UGUGUGUGUAGGCGCUUGCAUAAGUGCAUGCCGUGGAUCUGUGUUAAUGUGUGUGUUCACAUAAUUAUGAGAUGAUAUUGUCCGCCGCUCAGAUGCUGAUUUACUCCCACAUGUAAGAACAAAGAGAAAGUGUGUUUCUACAAACACAGAUGAACGUCAGACAGCAUUCACACUCACACAGACAGACACUCCUCGCACACUAGUGACAGUAUCCUCUGUUCACCAUGGCAAACACAGGCCUGCAGGUGAUGGGUGUGGUUCUGGGCGUGUCCGGCUGGGUGUUCGGGAUCGUGGUCUGCAUCGCCCCCUGGUGGCGCACGUCUGCAUUCGUGGGCGAUGAGCUGGUGGUGUCGCAGGUGCUGUGGGAGGGGCUCUGGAUGUCCUGUCUGUCGGAGCGGGGUCGCCUGCAGUGUAAAAUCUACGAUUCGGGACUGGCGCUGUCAGGAUCCAUGCAGACGUGCCGCGCGCUGUGCGUUUUGUCUCUGCUGCUGUGUGUGUUGGCGCUACCGCUCUGCAUCACUGGCCUCAAGUGCACACACUGUCUGGGUGAGGCGCGGGAUCCCAAGGCUCGACUGGUGCGGGUCGGCGCUGUGUUAUUUGUGGCUGCCUCGUUUUUAUUCCUGCUGCCGGUGUGCUGGAACGCGUAUGUCGUAAUUAGUACUUUCUACGACCCGAAUGUGCCUCCAGUGCUGAAGCGAGAGCUCGGCCCCGCCCUAUACCUAGGCUGGGUGGUGGCGCUGCUCAUGCUGGUGGGCGGAGCUCUGAUGUAUUUAGGCUCCACCUCACCUGGAGCUCCGCUCAUGCCUGUUUUUGGAAGAGGCGGAAAAGUGAAUCCUCCAUCCACAGCAGAGAGCAAACCGGAGAAGGUGUUUGUGUGAGAAGACGUCAAUUAAUGGGCCAUCUAAAAGCUUUGAUCUGCAUAAUCAUGUCAGGGUGUGUGUGUUUCCUUUGGGGAGCAUGAACUUUGA